AUGCUUAGUUGUAGGUUACAUUGUGAAUAAAACCGAUGACGCUGAGGAACGAAUAAGUAAGUUGAAGAAAUUGAGCCAAGAAAUUUUUUCAUGUACUAGGUCUUGUUUUUGUUGUUGUUUUGUUUAUACAAAGGUAUUGAUGCUCAAAUAUUUAAUGUUCGAAUAUGUUUUUUUUUUCCAGUUAAAUUUGUGAUCUGAUGAUUCUUGUAGAUUUAUCAGCCCUUCUUUUUACAGGGAGGUCUUGUGUAACUUUUGUAUGCUUAUUGCUGAUAGAUUACCAGCUUGGUCUGAGAGCAUUUGGAGAUUGUGGCAGUGAUUGCCUUGGAACUUCAGGCCUUUGGCAUUCAAUUGCUUGUAUUCUGAUUUGAACAUUGUGAUUUAGAACAUGUCGAGUAAGAAAGAAGAGAAAGCUCAAGCUGCGGCUGAAAGGAUCAAGGCAGCAGCCUUGAGUGCUGCAAAAGGUCUUAGUCGAGCUCAGGCUGAAAGGGCAGCUGCUGCAGCUGCUCGGAAUGUUAAUGCUUAUGGGCAGAAGGAAGAAGGACCCAGCAGAUGGCAGGAGAAAAGGGAAGCCAAGAGACAGAUGUAUUUGAUGAGUACUGAAAAAGCUGUGAGAUUGGGUGAACGGAAAGACCUAAAGUCAAAUGUAUCUACCGUUGGUGGUGCAGCUUCACAAUGCCAGAAGUGUUACCAACCCGGGCAUUGGACAUAUGAAUGCAAGAAUGAACGUGUUUACAUCUCGAGACCGUCUAGGACCCAGCAACUCAAAAAUCCUAAACUGAAGAUGAAGGUUGAAAUAUCAUAUGAUUUGGACAAUCCAGAAAUUAAGGAAGAGAAGGAAGAAAAGCAGUCACAGAAAAGCAAGAGAAAGCAUCGCUCAGCCUCUGAUUCUGGAAGUGAUAGCGAGGCAUCAGUUUUCGAGACUGAUAGUGGUGCGUCAUCAGUUACAGGAUCUGAAUAUUCUUCGGAGGAGAGUAGCUCAGAUUACAGCUCAUCUACUGACUCAGAGGAGGAGAGGAGGCACCGAAGGAAGAAGAAGCAAAAGAUGGCAAGGCGUAGAAGAAGGCACAGCUCAUCAUCUGAAUCAACUGAUUCUGAGUCAGCUUCCGAAUCUGAUUCUGAUGAUAGGAGGAGCCGGAAGAAGAGCACGAGGCACAGCAGAAAGCAUUAAACGAGGUGGUCGAGCGUAGUGGAGAGCGGUCGUGUAUUUGGUUCAACAUGUGUAAUGUUAAAUUAGGUUGUGAUUUUAAGGCUUCCUAGACGAAGGAUUUCUUUGUUUUCGCUCUUGAAUUGUUCUUCAAAAAAGUUGGUCAUACAGUGGAAGCCAACUGAUGCAUAUUUAGUAUCUUUCCGAGAGUGAGUUGAUUGUAACUGGCUAUUGGCUUAUGCCCAAAUGAGUUUGUUUCAUAUCGGUUGAUAAUCCUUUCUGAGA